UGAAGUUAUCAAAUAGUUUUCCAUCUUAUAGAAACCUGCUAACACAUGUCUUUUUGUUGCAGUAGUUCCACAUGGCAUCUCAACAACCACAGACACUCCUGACUCUGAAUUCCAGUGCAGUGUCAGAUCUUAAAGAAGGCAUUAACUUUUUAAGGAACAAGGAAGAUGGCAAAAAAUAUAUUAUCUACAAAAGCAUGGAUGUCAUGCGGGCAUGCAAAAACCAGUGCAAACAUCAAGGUGGUCUGUUCGUUAAAGACAUAGAGGAUUUAGAUGAAAGCACAGUGCGUUGUACAAAACAUAACUGGAAGCUGAAUGUCUCCACAAUGAAAUAUGUAAACCCACCAGACAGCUUCCAACAGGAUGAACUUGUCCUUGAACCUGAUGAAAAUGGAGGGCUCCAGCUGUUGGAGCUCAACCCACCUGACCCUUGGCAAGUUGACCCGAGAACACCUGAGGAACUGGAACCUGGAGAGGUGCUGAUAACCUAUAUGGCUCAUGCAUGCAUGAAGCUUGACCUGGGCUCUAAAACAAUGGUGUUUGAUCCAUGGCUCACAGGCCCUGCUUUUGCACGAGGCUGGUGGCUGCUUCAUGAGCCUCCUUCAGACUGGCUGGAAACCAUCUGCAGUGCUGAUUUGAUAUAUAUAAGCCACAUGCACUCUGACCACCUCAGUUAUCCAACAUUAAAGAAAAUUGCUGAGAAACAACCCAAUAAACCAAUAUAUGUUGGAGAUACCUCAAGGCCGGUAUUUUGGUACCUAGACAGAAGUGGAGUGAAAUUAACCAACAUUAAUGUGGUUCCUUUUGAAAUCUGGCAAGAGGUCGAUGCCAACUUAAGAUUUAUGAUACUAAUGGAUGGGAUACAUCCGGAAAUGGACACUUGCAUUAUUGUGGAAUAUAAAGGUCACAAGAUUCUAAAUACUGUGGAUUGCACCCGUCCAAACGGAGGAAAACUACCCAAAAAUGUUGAUGUCAUGAUGAGCGAUUUUGCAGGCGGUGCUUCAGGGUUCCCCAUGACGUUCAGUGGUGGUAAAUACACAGAGGAAUGGAAGGCUGACUUCAUAAAAACAGAACGAAAGAAGCUGCUCAACUACAAAGCCCAGCUGGUGAAAGACUUGCAGCCUAAAGUUUACUGUCCAUUUGCAGGUUAUUUUGUAGAAGCACACCCAUCAGACAGCUAUAUAAAGGAAACAAACCUCAAAAACAACCCUGAAGAACUCAAUAAGCUGAUUACAAAGACGUCUUUUGUUCGCACAUGGACAGCCAAGCCAGGGGCUAUUCUUGAUUUGGCUAGAAUCUUGAAAGACCCGUCAGAUAGUGAAGCCAUAAUUGAUCCUCCAGCUGGAACGAAGUUGUACAAAGACAAUUGGGAGUUUGAUGUUUAUGUGAACGAGAUCAACAAGGCAAUCAGCAAUGAGAUAUUCCAGCAUAAAGACUGGAUCCAUUUCUACUACAACUGGGCAGGAUUUCAAGACUACAAUCUAGUGAUACGGAUGAUUGAAACAGAUGAUGAUUUCAGCCCUCUACAUAGUGGCUUUGACUACUUGGUUGACUUCCUAGACCUCUCGUUCCCCAAUGAAAGACCUGCGAGAGAUCACUCCUAUCUCGAGAUAAAGAAUCGCGUUGGAGUCAUGCGACAAACUGUAAUAAAUGGUUUGCUGUGGGAUGAUCUUUACAUCGGUUUCCAGAACAGACUCUUCCGUGAUCCUGACAUAUACCACCAUCAGUUUUGGAACCAUUUCCAAAUGAAAUUGCCACUGACCCCACCUGACUGGGAUUCCUAUCUGCAGAGUCAUGUGAGACAGGGCUGUAUCCUACAGUAGAGCACCGUUAGAUUAUACAAGUCCAUGAAAGCUAGUUUGAACCAGUCCCCUGAAAGUAUGACAGUUACUUUAAUCUGUCUCUCACAAACUUCUGGCAUUGCAACUUUACGUAUCACACACGUGUGUGUGUGUGUGUGUGUGUGUGUGUGUAAGACUUGCAGAUGAAAAAUGCUACCAUUUAUACAUUUUGAAAAAUGUCAUUGAAAAAUGUCAAGGACCCAUCUUCCAGCAGACCAUAAUAUUAGGGAAAAUGUACACUGUAUGUACAGGUGUACUUUCUUUGUUAUAAUUAGUUGUAAACAAUUUGACUUUCUGUAGUUUCUCAAAAAUGCUGAUAAAGGUAAGUGUAUUUAGCCAUGAUGAGGAAGUAGAUUUAGCUUUUUCAUAGUCAAACUCAUUUGUUUAUGAAGAAAUCACUCAGGAACUGCAGAGGAUUCAAUUAUCUGCAACAAACAGUAUAGAGACAAAAACAGACCAGACUUAAAGAAAGCCAUUAUGAUUUCAACUUUUAUUUUAACUUGGAAGACAUCAAAUUAUUAAAAACAGUAUACAAUUAAGGAUAUAUUCUAUUUUUAUUGUGUUGUAUCAAGUGAUAUACAAAAUAAUGGGGUCAUAUUGAUAAAGUGUCAUAUUAUUAAAUUGUAUUAAGUUGAAAAUAAUGCUGCUUUAUAAUUUUGAAAAGAGAGUGUUUUAACCACAUUGAACAUUCUAUAAUAGCUCAAGGUGCAAUUCUUCUAACUCUUUCAGUCCUGAAUUAUUUUUGUCAAAAUGAAGAUAUAGAAUUCAGAAAGGAAGUCCUUUAUUGAGUACAUAUAUAAUUUCCGACAGCAUAUGGUAAAUGUGGUGGGAAAAUUACUCUUUGCUUUCUGUUUACUUUUUUUAUGUUUAAGGUGUCAAUACGAUAAGUAGAAAAAAGUUAUCAAGUAAUAUGUGUUUUGCUUUUAUAAGUAUUAAAAAUUGUAUAUAGAAAUAAAAUAAAAAUAUGUAUUUUUGGUUUCAGCAGAGAAGACUUGUGGGGAGCUAAAGGACCAACUUCCCAUAGCAACUGACUUAACAAAUUAGUCACCAAUAGAAGAAGAUGGUAAACAGGACACAAGAUAAACCACAAGUCUUGUCUGGCUGUCUGCAGGGGACACUGGUUAUUGUUUUAUGGAAAACUCAAUAAAGCUGUCCUUCAUUUGUUUUGCAAGAACAUUUCCUCUUUUUUUUUUUGUUUAAGCACUUUGCGCUGUUGGGCCCGUUGAGAGGCUGCGUUGUCCCUGGCUACGCUGGUGCAUGACGUGGGGUAGUCUGUGGUGUGGUAGAGCCUGUGGGAGGGCUUAGGUCCCCCCGUCUCGCUGUAGCGAUUCAUUGUGCCCUCAGCAGAGCCUGAAGCUAUUGAGCAGAGGGGUCCCCACUUCGACUCAACGGUGCCAGGGGGAAGGCUGGCAACGACCCCGUCCUGGUGUCUAGUUGCCCGCCUGUGUAGUGCAGGAAGUCCAGGCCUGGAAUGCAGGGGUCCUGUACAGCUGCUACCCAGAUGGGGUGGUGUACUGUCACUUCAAUAGCCAGGUUCCCCUUCCCUUGCAUUGACGCUAGCUCUCCAGAUACAGUAUGCAAUAGCACAGUGGUGAGUUCUAGCCUGAUCCCGACAGGGAGCACGUCGGGGCUGACGAGAGUCUCAGUUGAGCCAGUGUCCACUAGAGCAGUGCACGGGACCCCCUCAAUCCUGAUGGGGAUGUGGCAGAAGUCCCCUGCGGUGGUCCUCCCCAGCAUUACAGCUGGCUUGUCCUGUCUGCGGUCCGUGGUUUCCGUGGAGAGUGACACCCUGCUCUCCCGGCUGCAUGGGAUUCAAAACUGACUCUUAAUUACUGACCAAAAUAAAAUGAAUAAUCAGCGAAUCCCUGUUCAGGCCGGAGUUCACACCAAAAUAAUAUAACUAUCUCCUCACUGCCUACUCUUUCACUCGCUUUUUCUGUUUUUCAUUUGCGUCUACUUUCUCUGUUCUCAGACACUCUGUCGGUUCUUCAUUUCUGCUUGUUAGGGUAGUCCCUCUCUUUCAGCCUCACACUCUGUCCCUGACUAUUCACGUCAACCGCUCCAGUCUAUCUGCUCGCAUUCUCCCAAUUGAGGCUCGCCCCCACCCCCCACUUACAGCCUUGGGAGAGGGUCCGCUCACCACUCGCACACAGUAAAGACGUGCCCCAUGCUUUUACAAUACACAAGACAUAAUAAACAAGACAGACAAGACAAGCACAAUGUUCAGGACGAUGCCGUCGCCAGGGUCGUUACAGUAUCUUGAGGAAUUGAAAAAAUGACAUCAUUUUUAAAAAUACACAGCGAUUCUGAGAAAAGAUAAUUGGUUUGCCUGUCUUAAAAACAUGCAGGAGCUCGUAUUCAUUUACUCGUGUCAUCUGAUUCCCCAAAAACCAAGUUUGUUAUAAAUCGGAGAUGGUUGAGUGAUUUGAAACGGAAUGACCCCAAGAUCUAAUUUGGCAAAGUUAUUAUAAAUAAUACUAAAUAGCCUGCACUGUAUUUAUCAUGUUACCAUUUACUUGUGUGCCAUUUUAAAAUGUUUCUGUCACCAUUUAAAGCCGGACUAACGCACCUGGUGGAGAAGCUACAGAGUAUGGAGGGAUUUAUUAUUUAAAAAGGAGGGAAUCAGAACUAGAAGAAAAUGUAUGCAAAGAAAAAAAAACAUCCAAUUAAAAAUGGUAAUAAUAGCUAGAUACAAAAAAAAUAAACUAAAUAUCCCAAUCACUGAUUGUGUGCAGCCAGUCCUUCAAAAUUCGUGGAAGAAAAAGAAAGCAAGCCCACAAUUCAGAUCUUAUGCGUUGCUGUCCUCAAAGGAAAAAAAAUAAUAAUAAUAAAGAACUGUGCAACGAGCCCACAUUGCACUGGAGCCUGCUACAGGAAUGAUCUCUGAGUAGGAGAGCAGCGUUAGUUAUCUGUGUUCUAUCUAUCAGCUUCCGUAGCACGUCUGCCUAUCUGCUACUUCCCCAUCGCUACUUGAUAAAAAAAGGACUGAUUUGCAUUAGUAAAAUUAGAGUACAACAGGCUGUG